AUGUCGGGCGGCAGCUCCUCAGAUCUUGAUAACGCCCAUCAAGAUCCCGCUCAUCUCACAAGCAAUGAACAUGUUGAAAACGAGUCUCAGCCGCUCUCUCGUCCAACUUCCACCAGGCUUCGCUUCCUCGCUCAAAAUCCGCCGCUCAGAACAACGACCACCUCGGCGCCGCAGUCUGAAUACGGCAGCAGACGCAGCUCGUUCAUCGCUCCGAUAGACGAGAUCCUUCCUGAUGACCACGUCGACGCUGACACCUUUGGCGUGGUAGAGGAGCGAGAUGGAUUCUUCGACGCCUCGUUCAUCCAAGGUACGCGGCUGGUACCCGAAGGCUUCGUUGAACGCUCCAGGGCCUCGUUGCCCGCGGCCUUUGAUAAGGAUUCUCCUCUGGCGGCUCGUCGGUUUAUACCGAGACAGAUUGAUGCGGUCAAGUUCGUGGUUCGCAAUGUCGCCACCACUCGUGCUGGCCUUCGCCUUCUCAGGUCCUUUACCGCCUAUUUCGCAGCGUACAUUAUGUGUCUGAUCCCAGCCGUCCGGGAAUGGCUUGGCCGAUAUCACUACAUCAUCGCCGUCUCCGUCAUCUUGAACCACCCGGCCCGGACUCUUGGUGCCCAACUUGAGGGUGCCGUUUUCACCUCUAUUGGUACGGCCGCUGGGAUUGGCUGGGGAGCUGUUGGUCUUUUACUGUCUACCUCCACCUCUGCUGCCAGUGCUGGCUAUGGCGGAGUUCUGGCUCUUUUCCUGGCUUUGUUCAUGGCAGUCGUGGCAUGGGUACGUUCAUACUACACAAGAUUCUACCAAAUGGUGGUGUGCGCUGGUGUAGCAAUCAUCUUUACCUUGUUAGCCCAAACUCAAGGCGAUAUUAUCGUAUGGGAAAAGCUGAGAAACUAUGCCGUUCCAUGGCUUCUGGGCCAGGCCCUUGCACUAGUUGUCAACUGCACCGUCUUCCCUGAUGCCGGUGCGAGGCCACUUGCCAUUGCUUUUCAUCAGUCUUUCUCGCUCAUGCUGGAUGCCAUUGUGAUUCCACGCCCCCGAGACACCAGGCUCAGGCGGAAUCUAGUUCGCUCCUUCGUGGACCUCUCCACCGCCCACCGCGAUAUGCGAACCAGCCUCACCAUCACACGCUUCAAGCCAGACGAUGUGAGGGAGCUGCGAAAUCUCAUGCAAGCCGUCAUUCGCUGUAUGCUGGCCAUGGAGACAGAAAGCGCCCUUGUGAGCGAGGCCGAAGACGGGCAUGCCCCUGUCGUGGUCGAAGCCGCCGAGAUAUCUUCCCCGGCUUCCAGCGCACAGAACCUUGACAACAUGAUUGAAAAGGCUCCUGGUGCUGUGGAAGAGAAGGAAGUCACCCGAACUGUGAUUGGCAAACUGGCAAAACCCACUAAGGAGCUCCUCGCAUGCAUGAACCUAGGGCUGCAGGCGAGCCAAGCCGCACUGAUGGACCUGUCAGGCUACCGACAAUAUCUAGGGCCUCCAAUGACCAUUUCGUCCGACAUCGCCCCUGUCCAAAUCCGCAUGAAGGCUGCCAAAACAGUCUUUGACAGGGUCGAGUCUGAGCUCCUUGAGUCAGGCCAACUGCCCCCAGCAUCGAUGAACGACUCGGCCGUCGUCCAGCUGUUCAUCUUUGCGAGACAUCUCCGCGAAACCGCAACGACGGUGGAGAAUCUCAUGGGCAAAGUAUACGCCAUGCAGCAGGUCUCCAACUGGCCACGACCUCACUUGCCAUCGUAUCCCUGGAGCAAAGCCGUCCAUUGCGUCAACAGCCAAGUGAUGCACGACCGAGGCGGUGCCACGGCCUCAUCCUACCACAACAGUCUCGGCUACAGAAUCUGGCAAGUCUUGCACCUCCUUCAAGGUUACGAGGGCCGAUACGCCUUCAAAGCCGUUCUCGUCACAUCUCUCCUUUCGAUCCCAUCGUACCUCCACAGGGACAAAGUCUGGUGGGACGACUACGAAGCCUGGUGGGCUGUCACCAUGAGCUGGCUCCUGAUCCAUGCCCGCGUAGGAGGAAACGUGCAAGACUUGGUCGCCAGAGCUGUAUUAGCGGUUCUAGGUGCCGUAUGGGGUGGCCUCGCCCAUUCCGCGGGCGACGGAAGCCCGUAUGUAGUCGCAGUCUUUGCAGCCAUCUUCAUGGUGCCCAUGCUGUAUCGCUUUUCGCAGAGCUCUCAUCCGAGAUCCGGCCUCGUAGGCUGCCUGUCGUUCACAGUCGUCUCCCUGCAACUCCAAGCCGGCGACCUGCCCUCCACACCAGCCAUCACCGCCGUCCUCCGAGGCGUCGUCUUCCUUGUCGGCACAACCGCGCCCAUCCUUGUCAACUGGUGUCUGUGGCCCUUUGUUGCAAGACACGAGCUUAGGAAGUCGCUGUCUUCAAUGCUCUUCUUCUUGAGCAUCAUCUACCGCAACGUCGUAGCGAAGUACAUCUACUUUGAACAAGGCAAAGAGCCCACUCCCGAGGACAUUGAAAAAUCCGAAAUCCUCGAAGGCCGCAUCAGAGAAGGCUUCGUCCGCAUCCGACAACUCCUCGUAAUGACACGCCACGAGAUCCGCCUCCGCGGCCCCUUCAACCCUCUCCCCUACUCCGGCCUCGCCGACUCCUCCGAGCGCUUCUUCGACUACCUCAUCGCCGUGCGCCAGUCCGCCGUCCUGUACAACCCAGACUACAUCCGCGACGAGCCCCUCGCCGCGCAGCGACUGCUCGGCUUCAGGAGAGACGCCGUAGCCUCCAUCCUAGCGAACCUAUACAUCUUUGCAGGAGCUCUCAGAGCAGACAGAAAAGUUCCCAAAUACCUCCCCAGCGCCGCCGCCGCCCGCCGCAAACUCCUCCUCGAAACAGCCGCCCUCGAAGACGAACUCGCCCAGCACGCCCACCAACAAGAUGGCGACCCGGACGAAGACGCCGCCCGCAGAUGGCACAAGAAGUGGAGCGACAUCUACAGCUACUCGUACAACGAGAGCCUCACGGGCUGCGUCGCCCAGCUGGAGGAGCUGGAGAGGUUUACGAAGCUGAUUGUUGGGGAGCAGGGGUAA